AACAACCACACGAAUAGUUCCGCUUCCGGCAGCACCACAUAAGUCGCGAGAGGAAGCUUAAAUCUUGACGGUAGCCUUUUGGACCACUUCGGUUCAUGAUGGUUCGUAGUGGAAAAAAUGGUGACCUUCAUCUUAAACAGAUUGCAUAUUAUAAACGAACUGGUGAAUAUCAUCCAACUACACUGCCUAGUGAGAGAAGUGGCAUAAGAAGAGCAGCAAAAAAAUUUGUCUUCAAAGAAAAGAAGCUGUUUUAUGUCGGAAAAGACAGAAAACAGGAUCGCUUGGUAGUUGUCUCAGAAGAAGAAAAAAAGAAAGUCCUAAGAGAAUGCCAUGAAAGCAACACUGGCGCCCACCACGGCAUCUCCAGAACCCUCACCCUGGUGGAGUCCCGCUACUACUGGACUUCUGUGACCAGUGAUGUCAAACAGUGGGUAUAUGCUUGUCCGCAUUGCCAAGUGGCAAAAAAUACAGUUAUUCUAGCACCUAAACAGCAUCUUCUCAAAGUGGAGAAUCCAUGGAGUAUAGUUACUGUUGAUCUGAUGGGCCCAUUUCAUACAAGCAACAGAAGUCAUGUAUAUGCUAUAAUCAUGACAGAUUUGUUCACAAAAUGGGUUGUGAUUUUGCCUCUUUGUGAUGUUUCAGCAUCAGAAAUUUCUAAAGCUAUUAUCAACAUAUUUUUCUUAUAUGGGCCUCCUCAGAAAAUAAUAAUGGACCAAAGAGAUGAAUUCAUUCAUCAGAUCAAUGUAGAACUAUGUGAAUUGUUUGGCACAAAGCAAAUUGUUAUUUCUCAUGCCUCCCAAACAAUGAAUCCAACUGCAAGUACAUCUAGCACAAUCAAAACAUUUCUUUCCAAACACUGUGCUGACUACCCGAACGACUGGGAUGAUCACCUAUCAGCUGUUUCAUUUGCCUUCAAUGUUACUCACUUGGAACCUACUAAAAAUACACCAUAUUUUCAAAUGUUUAAUCGAAAUCCUUACAUGCCUGCAUCUUCAGAUAUUCGUGAAGUGGAUGGUGAUAAUACAAGUAUGUUUGCCAAAAUUCUAGAUGAAAUUAAAGAAGCUGAUAAAAUAACGGAGAAUAAGACAACUUCAGUGGGCCAGGUGGAAAACAAUUUUGAUGAACUAAAUAAAAGCAAAAUCAUUGUUAAAAAGAAACCAAAGCAAUUAAAUCCAUUUCAUCUAAAAGUGGGUCAUGAAGUUUUACGGCAGAGGAAAAACUGGUGGAAGGAUGGUCGUUUCCAGUCUGAAUGGGUUGGUCCUUGUGUCAUAGACUAUAUUACAGAAAAUGGAUGUGCUGUUCUGCGGGACAGCACUGGAGCUAGACUUAAAAGACCUAUCAAAAUGUCCCACCUGAAGCCCUAUGUAAGAGAAUUGCGUGAACAAGAUGGUCUCCAUCCCUUACACGGUGCAGUAGUGGCGGAUCAUGACUACGUUGGAAUGCCUGAGCUUCCAGUUGGAGCGUACCAAGCAAGUAUUCUGGUGGAAGAUGCCGCCAUUGGAGUAGUCGACAGCGAGUUACUGACGUCAAGCAAGGAUCGUGAGCUAUUAGAAUACAGAAAUGCCAAAAUCUCUCCACUGAUGGAAGAUCAUAAUGCUCUUGAAAAGCAGACUUUUAGUCUUUUGGACUCUUCAAACCAAGUCCUUGAGUACUUAACUUAGUAAACACAAAAAUUCAUUUAAAGUGCUGUUUAGAGAAUAUAUCACCUUGAAUCUUAUCUUUGCCAUUCAAAAAGAUUACAUAGAAAAA